CAAGUCGUUCAUCUUAACUUAGCUGAGGAUUGCAUGAAUAAAUUUAAGCUGAAUAUUGAAAAGCUUUGCAAAACUGAGCAGGACCUGGCACUUGGAACAGAUGCGGAAGGUCAGCGGGUGAAGGACUCCAUGCUGGUGCUCCUCCCGGUGCUGCUCAACAAAAACCAUGACAACUGCGACAAAAUCCGAGCAGUCCUGCUCUAUAUCUUCGGCAUUAAUGGAACAACUGAAGAAAAUUUGGACAGACUGAUCCACAAUGUAAAGAUAGAAGAUGACAGCGAUAUGAUUCGGAACUGGAGUCACCUUGGUGUUCCCAUUGUUCCCCCAUCUCAGCAAGCCAAACCACUAAGAAAAGAUCGGACUGCAGAAGAGACUUUUCAGCUUUCUCGAUGGACACCUUUUAUCAAAGAUAUCAUGGAGGAUGCCAUUGAUAAUAGAUUAGAUUCCAAAGAAUGGCCAUAUUGUUCCCGGUGCCCAGCAGUGUGGAAUGGCUCUGGAGCUGUAAGUGCUCGCCAGAAACCCAGAACUAACUAUUUAGAGUUAGACCGAAAAAACGGGUCAAGGCUGAUAAUUUUUGUAAUUGGAGGAAUUACAUAUUCCGAGAUGCGUUGUGCUUAUGAAGUUUCUCAAGCACAUAAAUCCUGUGAGGUUAUUAUUGGUUCCACACAUAUUUUAACACCUAGGAAGCUGCUGAAUGAUAUUAAAAUGCUGAAUAAAUCAAAGGAUAAAGUUUCCUUUCUUAAGGAGGAGUAGCUUUUUUAUUGUCAUUUAGAAGGUUUUUAAUAUGCUCAGCUAAAACAGAUGAUGUUGCUGUCAUAAUUUAAACAAUGUAAAUAGUCUAUGGAGCAAUGUGCUUACUUAAGGGAGGUUAUGUAUUGUUGGAUUUGCCAUUUCUAGUAAUUUAAACACUGUUGCUGCUUUGUACAAGAUAGGACAUUGAAGUGCUUUCUAAUCAGGAAGUUUUCACCUUUGGAGCAGAAUCUGUUAAGAGGUUUGGAUAAUUUUUACAGCCUCCUGUAACAUUCUGAUUAUUCACAGAAUACUUAUGCUGAAAUACAGUGUUGGGGCAAAACAAUUUUGAAUGAAGAGAUUAUGAAAGUAAAAACUGUAAAUGUAUGUAUGAUAGAAUUAUUUCCUAUAAGUGCAGUUUCUUAAAACUGAAACCCAUAAUUUUAUGUAUAUAAUAAUUCCAAUUAAUAUGAUGCUUUCACUGUGUAUAUUACCUGCAAGAUAACUCUAAAAGAACAGUUUAUAUGCUUAAGAUCAUGUCUGCUUGUUAGAAACGAAAAAUAAUCAUGAUCAUUCUAAGAGAAAAUAAAUAUAUAGUUAUCAAAA